UUUUAAACAGAGGAGAUAUUGUAAUCAAAUACUGCAAUAUAUGUCUGUGGUUGACGGCUUGACGCUGAUAAGGAGAUGAGGAACAAAAGGGUGCCACCUCUGACCUAAGAGACGGUGGAGUUUAAAGAGGAAAGGAACAGCAACGGGGCAAAGGAAAAGAGAAGAAAGAAGACCUGCAGCACCCAAAAACAAAAGCAGAGGUCCCCCAACACAAGGCAACAACCGCUCAAUCCUCCACCCAAAUUAAAAGGAGAAAAAUCUUUGCUUUGCAACAAGCAAACUCCUCUCGUCCUCUCAGCCAGAGGCAUCAUCUUGAUAUCUCUCCCCAUCCUCUCACGACUCCCGACACCAAGAAAGCAAGUAUACCAUGGAUUGAACAUAUACACGGCCGUCACACAUCUGUCUCCUUCCCUCGUCUCCUCACCAAUGAUUCGGUCCAGAAACUUGCAGAGAUCCUCUGCUAGUACUUGCACAGAGCCUCAGACCGAGCACUGAGGAAGCUUAACAUCUGCCUAUCUUCUUUCUAGUUCUUCCCUUUCUCUCUGUUGUUGCAGUCUUGCAGCUGCCCGAUUUCGUGUUCUACGAGGCAAUGGCAUCCUCUGCUCCUGCUUGGGUCCCCUACGAGCCAACGAGAGAUUGCUCUCAAGGGCUGUGCAGCAUGUACUGCCCCCAGUGGUGCUACUUCAUCUUCCCUCCGCCGCCGCCCUUCGACGUCGCCGGCACCAGCGCCGACGACUCCUCCGGCCCUGUCUUCUCCCCUCUCGUCAUUGCAAUCAUCGGCGUUCUGGCCAGCGCCUUCCUCCUCGUCAGCUAUUACACCUUCAUCUCCAAGUACUGUGGCACCGUUAGCUCCCUCAGGGGGAGGGUCUUCGGCUCGAGCUCCGGUGGCGCUGCUUAUGGCGGCGGUGCCGGUAGCGGCGGCCGCCACGGCCACGGGCAGUCGAGGAGCCACGAGUCAUGGAACGUCUCGCCGCCGAGCGGGCUGGACGAGACCCUGAUCAACAAGAUCACGGUGUGCAAGUACCGGCGCGGUGAUGGGUUCGUCCACACCACCGACUGCUCGGUCUGCCUCGGCGAGUUCAGUGACGGGGAGAGCCUCCGGCUGCUACCCAGGUGCAGCCAUGCCUUCCACCAGCAAUGCAUCGACACUUGGCUCAAGUCACACUCCAAUUGCCCCCUCUGCCGCGCCAACAUCACCUUCGUCACCGUCGGGUUGGCGUCGCCGGAGCCGGAGGGCUGUGCUCCAGGCGAGACUGGAGGUGACAAUACACACGAGGUGGUUGUGGUGAUGGAUGGCUUGGAAAAUCUUUGUGAAGAGCAGCAGGAGGCAGUGAGCAGGGCCAGCACUGCCGAUGAUGAUCACGAUGCGAAGGACGUCGCAGAGGGGAUGGAGGAGGCCAAUGGCGCAGCCGAGAUCAGAGAAGAAGGCUCGCCGCCAAAGAGGGGCGCGUCGUCGUUUGAUCUUCACCGUGACAACCGCAUGUGCAUCGCCGACGUUCUGCAGGAAUCCAUGGAAGACGAGCUGACGGCAGCCAGGGAGAGUGGCCUCCUCGCAGGCGGCGCUGGCACGUCAAGACGGUGCCAUGGCGAGAACAGCAAGGGAAGGGGAGGCCGCAGCCGACGUGCAUUGCAGCUGCAGGACGCCAUGGAGGCUCUGCCGGGGAAGAGAUUGCCCUCCGGUGGGAGAUCCUGCUUCAGCAGCAAGAGCGGCAGGGGAAAAGAUUCAGAUCAUCCAAUGUGAGGCGGUCAGUUCUCAUUUUCUUACUCUAGGAUACUGGACAAGCAACCUUUGUUUGCAUGAUGAGAUGCGAAUGGGAAAAAAUUGCAAGGACAAUCAUCAUAAUCUGGAGAUGUCGUCUUGUGAUAAUGUUGAUCUGCUGCCUCACUCCAUGUGAUGCCACUGCCAAAUCGAUCCUCUGCAGUGCUUGGUUGGUAAUGUCUCUUUUGUUCAUAGUUGAGAAGGACCUGAGAGCUGAUCUCUCUCUCUCUCUCUUUUGCUCUGCCAUUUUAUACAUUACAUUGACUUCCCACCGUUCAAUUUUUC